AUGGCGGGCCAAGCAAUUAUCAUAAUUAAUGAAUUUCUUACGUUUGUGCAGAACAAAUUGGACAUUCUAGAUGAACAAAGCAUCACCCAAAUUUGUAGUACCAACUUUACGGACGCAGAAAUUGAAGCUGGAAAAAGUAUUUUGUAUAACUCGUGCGGUGAUAAAGUGAGACAUGUGCAGCGCAAAGGAGAAGACAAGAAAAAACGCAAUAUCAAGGACGUUAUUAGAUUACUAAAAGAAGUGGACCCCGACGCGCAGCCUAAUUUUGUUGCCAAAGACAUCAAUCGGUUGCCACCGGUUUCAUUUGACCACGUUGAUGUCACGCGACUUUUGAAGGAUAUGACGGGUAUGAAGAACGAACUCUCAGAAUUUCAGACGAAAAUGAGUGCGGAGCUUGCUGAGAUACGCAACUCCGUUGUUGAACAAAUACAAAAGUUAAAUAUGACGACUCCUAAGAAGAGGAAUUCUUCAUUAAUACCUUUGACCCCACCAUCACUUGUGAGUGCACAGGAACCUACUCUUGCGACAACAGCACGGAGCUCGAUUACCCCGAACUAUCGUAAUAACGUUCAUAAGAGAGUAAGUCCAACAUCACCGUCGAAAUCGCUUCCGCUUGUGGCAGUACCACCGCCUGCACGCACACACGCGCCUUGCACCGAAGUGGCGCAUACGCCUACCUACCGUGACAUCGUAUUCAAAACGGCUCGACCGCGCCAAGCAAAUAGCGCACGAAUGGCUCGUGUAACUUCGGGUCAAUCCAGCGUAUCAGCUGACGCUGAGCCUGUCAUAGCGAGACCUGCAUCGAGUUAUAAAGAAACAAUGCCGGAUGAUAAAAAUGCGUCAUUUACGGUUGUAGUGAAUAAAUUUAAGACGCGCAAAUUAAGAAAUAUGCGAGGAACCUCAGACACGCAGUGUAAAAUUCAAGUAGCGGAUACCCAGUGCUCCAUAUAUAUUUCUCGUGCCCAGAAAUCGGUCUCUGUGGAUAAUAUUUUAGAGCACAUUGCUGACAUGGGUGAGGAAUGCAUAAGUGUCGAGCAACUCAAACAGAGAAACGAAACAUCCUUUAACUCUUUUAAAGUUACGAUACCUACCCGAAAACUUGACAUCUUUUUGGAUGGCAAGUUUUGGCCUGCUGGGUUGGUAUAUAGACGGUACAAAGAACGAUACACGAAGAACGCCACCAAAUACAAUCGAUAA